CGGUUGUCUGAGACGUUCUCGGCUCCGCUUCGAGGUGUUUAGACAACUGUUUAGCGGCGUGUCACCCGCACCAAAAAAGAGGGGAAGAAGAAAAAGACGUGUGAAUUUUCGCGGCUAGCGAAAUAGGGUUGUCCAAACCGGUCCCCGACUGCUGACUUUACGUCAAUUUUUUGGUGUGCGCCGAGACAGCGGAGAUUCGAAAGUCGGUGGUGAUUCGCAAUUACAAGCUCCACUUUGACCCCAGAUUCGUUUGUUUCCAUAUAAAGUGGUUAUUCUCGUACGCUAUGAGCACUGUUUUUGCAACCUUCUCGGUCUUGAAAGACCACGUGAAACUCAAAGCGGCGGGUGAAGCUGUAACCAUCGAUAACAUUGUUUUCAGGCUACAUUACAGGGCAACAUUUUUGUUACUAAUCAUAGGAUCCCUGCUAGUCAGUUCCAGACAAUUUAUCGGAGAACACAUAAGAUGCAUCGCCGAUACGAGUGUUCCAAACCGCGUCAUAGAAACCUUUUGUUUCUUCACGUCCACUUUUACGGUAGCCAAACACAUGAACUUGUCCGCCGUGCGAGAUGGUACAAUAGCGCAUCCCGGAGUUGGUCCGGUGAAACCAGGCGAUGAAGUCGUGCAUCACGCCUACUACCAGUGGGUUCCAUUUUUCCUUUUCUUUCAAGGGAUUCUCUUCUACCUACCGCAUUACUUUUGGAAACUUAAAGAAGGUGGUAGAAUGAAGGCUCUGGUGACUGGACUUCACAUGGCCUCGUUGUCGAUCCGAGAUGAACCAUUGCCGGUGAACGGCAGUCUCACCGUACCAUCUAAAAAUGACCUACAGAAAAAGAUUCAGACAAUUAGAACCGCAUUUUUGAAUCGUCUUCACGUGAACCGACCGUGGGCGUAUUAUCUGUGCGUCUUCGAGCUCCUGAACUUUAUCAUCGUAGUGUCGCAGAUUUAUGUGACCAACAGUUUUCUCGGUGGUGCUUUUUUGCGACUCGGACACCGUGUGGCGAAUGGAAAUUUUGACGAAGACGACACUACGGUGGACAUACUCGAUACGGUAUUUCCGAAAAUGACGAAGUGCACUUUUCACAAAUACGGUCAAUCGGGAAGUAUACAACAACACGACGCGCUGUGCGUGAUGGCGUUGAACGUUGUCAAUGAAAAAAUCUACACAUUUCUGUGGUUCUGGCUUAUCAUCUUGGCAGUAAUUACCGGUGUUAAUCUCGUGUGGAGAAUUUUAACGAUGUUACUUCACGCCAGGAGCAAGAGAUUCAACAAACUGGUAUUCGGUAUGGCUUGUCCCGGGACAAACAACCCCUGGAGUGUUCUCAAGGUUACUCGACAGUACAACUUCAGCGAUUGGCUCUUCUUGUACUACAUAGCAAAGAACCUCGACAACUCCAUAUUCAGCGAGUUGUUCAAAAGGUUGGCCCGGGAUCUCCAGCACCGACAAGACCGCGGGGGGAAUAAUGAGCCUCUACCGCUCAUCCCGGAGAACGACAGGGAGGAAAAACUGCCUCUGAACAUUUAUGACGAACAGAAACGGGCUUAAACCGAGUCAAUCCCCGGUGAAAGGCAUUCCGUUAAGGGUUAAGCCUGGUUUAUACUUCGGACGAUAAAUAACGAGAGAUUUGGACGCGGUUAUCGAUCACCUGAUCGCUCCUGUUUCGAACCGGUUCAGAUCUGAUGCGGUCUUCUAGAAACGAUCUAAACUGUGCCAUACGCAAUCAAGAUAUCUAGUUCAUUAGUCAA